GCGCGGGAGAGCUCCCAUCACACACCUGUCAUCCUCCUCAAAUAUCCGCAACAGCAACACGAGAAAGUGAAGUGUAUAUAUGUGUGUGUGUGUGAGAGAAGACCGCGGCUCUCCACUAGCAUCAAGAUGUGACCCUCCACAGUAACUGAGGCGCUACGGCUUGUGUUCAGUUCGUAGGUGAGACUUCUACGGCGUGAGUAGGAGUCCGUCACGGCUUGUGUUGAGUUCAUUUGAUGCGAUCAAAUUAAUGCCAACCUAGACCAAGGUGAGGUCCGGCUGUGUUAGCUUUGGUUCUAAAGCUAACAAGAGCUAAGAAGGACCACGUACACGGACAGUUCCCCCCCCCAGGACCACGUACAUGGAUAGUUUCCCAGGGACCACGUACAUGGAUAGUUUCCCAGGACCACGUACAUGGAUAGUUUCCCAGGACCACGUACAUGGAUAGUUUCCCAGGACCACGUACAUGGAUAGUUUCCCAGGACCACGUACAUGGAUAGUUUCCCAGGACCACGUACACGGACAGAUAACAGGAUCACGAACUAAGAACAACCCGGACGAUGACCACACAACUAAAGAAGCCAACAAAAACAGACCUUUCCGCCAUGUCAAGUGUUAGCAAGAUGCAGAGUGGGGUGGUGAUGGGUGAUGGAGGCGUGGUGGUGGAGACUGGUCGCCCCUCUCCCUCCCUCCUAGCACCGCCCACACAGGACAAGGAGGAUGUCUUCUCCACCAGUAUAAUUUCAUGCAGCACCGACCGUGAAGAAAUGGACUUCCGAAAAAGCAUGCUGCGAAUGGAAGAGGAGCUCCAUAACUUGCAGCUCCACUCGCAGCGGUCCACUCCUCUGGAACCCCCACCACGACUCCACCAGGAGGAGGGAGGCGAGGACAUCAGCCCCGACUCCCCCACGGGUGUCCAGGUUCGGUACCGGGACGGUCAGAGGGUCAACUGGUUCGAGGGCAUCAUCGGCUGCCUCAGACCGGUCUGGACCAUCAUCGGGAAAGCGGCGCUCAGUGAGAAGCAAGCACAGACUGAUAACUGGGAGAUUCCCUUUGAAGAAGUCUCCAACCUACAAUGGCUAGGCUCCGGUGCACAGGGAGCUGUGUUCCGAGGCCAGCUACGCGGAACCUGGGUAGCUAUCAAGAAAGUGCGCGAGCAGAAGGAGACCGACAUAACUCACCUGAGAAAAUUGAAUCACCCCAACAUUGUACAGUUCAUGGGUGUUUGCACUGCUGCUCCCUGCUAUUGUAUUGUGAUGGAGUAUUGUCCUUAUGGACCCCUCUACAACCUUCUUAAGGAUGGGCGUGACAUCCCUCCGGAUAGAGUUGCAAACUGGGCUAAGGAGAUUGCAUCAGGAAUGAAUUACUUACACCAGCAUAAGAUUAUUCACAGAGACCUCAAAAGUCCAAAUGUUCUCAUUGGUAGUAACCAAGAAGUUAAAAUAAGUGAUUUUGGAACAUGUCGGGAGUGGAACGAUGUUAGCACAAGAAUGAGCUUUGCAGGAACCUUGGCUUGGAUGGCACCAGAAGUUAUACGCAAUGAGCCUUGCAAUGAGAAAGUUGACAUUUGGUCUUUUGGUGUAGUAUUAUGGGAGCUGCUGACGUGCGAGAUUCCUUAUCGUGACGUUGAUAAUUCGGCCAUCAUCUAUGGUGUGGGUUCCAACUCUUUGCAUCUACCCAUCCCCUCCACUUGUCCUGAUGGCUUCAGAUUAAUUGUUCAAAUGUGUUGGAACAGUAAACCGAGAAAUAGACCAUCAUUUAAGUAUAUUUUGAUGCAUCUUGAUAUUGCAGCAGUAGAGAUUCGCAGCACUCCCCCAGAAACAUAUUUUAAAACCCAGAUGUCAUGGAAAGCAGAGAUCCGACAGCAAAUGGCAUCUAUGAACUCAAGAGGGUCACAUAUUCCACACAUAGAAGAAGACUUGGUAAAACGGCGUCAUGAUGAACUCAAACAUGCACAGGACAUACGUGAACAUUGGGAACGAAAACUGGUAAUCGCUAACGAUUUGUAUCUAGAACUAUCGGCAGCAAUGCUACAACUAGAGCAACGUGAAAAAGAACUGCUGAAGCGGGAGCAUGCAAAUCAGAUACACAAAGGUAAACGAAGGAUUGUGCGACCAUUGAUCAAAGCCCAAGAGAGACUGCAGGCUCGUAAAGGCAGCCAGCUUACCUCUUCCAACCAAACUAGUCCUGAGGCCCCAUCCAGUAUACUUUCUCCUUCCAAGUUAUCUUCGAACCGAUCGAAGAAACCUCUGUAUACAGAAAUAGGGACAAAUAAUCUACCCUUGUCCACAACACGCCCUGUCUCCCUCCACGUUUCCCAAAAUCACACCCGAAUAUCUUCUCCAUCUCACACUGGAGGAAAUGCAAUAGAGUCAGGUCACCAAGAGUCAGAUUUUGUGCGUGGCGGGUCAGGCUCAAGUCGACGGCGGUCCCGUCAUCAGCGUAACAAGAGUCACGGGGGUGUUGUAGCAUAUGUCAGCUCGGCCACUAGUCCCAAACAUUGUGUAGUGCCAGAUAGAAGGGGAUAUAGUUUAAGCCCAAGUCAAGAAAGAGUUCCUAUACUUGUUGACUCUGGAACACAGACCGACCACAUGGAUAUGAGUGAAACAGACACAUCUCCUGUAAAGACUCCAGGGCCUAACAAACCAUCCACCCUUCCUCUUCAGCAAGAAGAGAUAGAUACAGGUGGGGGUAGUAAGCCGCCCUGUGGACAUACUGUUUUAGAAACAAGUCCUAAUGGCAACACAAUCCCAGAACAGAGUCCGUGUUGUGAGCAUUGUCCAAGACAACAAUACCGACGGUUCACAUCAACAGACUCAAACGAUUCAAAUAAAAAUUUUCCAAUAGCUGAUCCUGUGGUAGCUAGACUGAGUGAGGGUAGGCAAGAAUAUACUAUUGAGGAAACGCUUCAAAUUCUUAAUAACAAUGAGGAUGAUGUAGACAUUUUACACCAACUUGGUGACAAAUGGGAUGCAAUUGAAAGAGUUUUGGCUGAUAAGAAAGCUCUACCAAAUGGCUACAGACAAGUCAGACAUGGCCCUCUCAUGAGAUUUGAACAGCCUAUCCCAGAAAAUGACUUUUCUGAGUCUACACCAAUGGAUGUUAAUCAGCCAAAGCUAGAAGGAAUGUCACAGAGUCAAUCCUCAAAUACGACAAAUGAAGCAGAUGAGGAUGAGAGGCAUUCCAGUAUCGAUCAAGACAUUCUCAAUAGGAAUUCUGAUAUGGUAGCAUCCAGUGAAAUCGAUUCCAGUCAUGAUUCAGUCGGUCAUGAAGUUUCAGCAUCAGAAGAAGAUGAAGAUGACUGUGAUGAUGGGUCACUGGAUGGUAACUAUCAAGUCAUCAAGCGGAGAUGCUUCAUGCGUCGACCUAUACCAAGGAGCAAAAACCAUCGAUCUGUUUGCAUGACAAGGUCUACACAGAGUACGCAGAGUAGUGAGGGAGGUGUGUCGGAAGAUGAGCCUGGGCCUUCUGUGAGAGGGAUGUACUAUAGUCGAAGAGCAGUCGUUCAUGAAGGAGUUAGCCGUUACCCAUCAAGGCUAAUGAAUGGUGCCGGAUCAUCUCAUGUCAGCGACACCUCAGACUCUGAUGAUGAUGGAGAUGCUAUAAGUGUCAAGGCAGUAGCUCCUGUCAUACUUCAAGACAAAACUAGUGUUGGGUCAAGAAACAGUCUUAAUAUUGAGGCAGUAGAAGGGCAAGAUUCUGCUGGUGAAUGGUGAAUUUAUAAUAAUUCAGAGUACAGUAUAUAACCAUGGCAAUUUUUAGUGAAGUGAAUAUUGUGAUGUGUUCAUGGAGUUAUACCUCUACUUAGCUGUAUUUAAGAUCAUCAGUACUUGACCUAAUUAUUAAUAUACCAAAAUACUAAGAACCACUUUGGAAUUUAUCAUUAAAUGAUCAUUAUACAUGUAACAAAAACUUUUGGAUACUAAAAUAUUUGAUGUGUACAGUACAUAUAAAUAUUUAAGCGACCAUCAAGAAUCCCUAUAUAAGGUUACAAAUUAAUUUUGUUUGGAAAUCAUUUAAUUUUGCAUGCAAGAACCUCUAUAAUAUUUACCAAAACAUUUCCAGAUGUGACACUUCUGAAUGUUUUCAGAUAAUAUGAAGUGUUAAAUUCAACAUAUGUAAUAUAUCUUACUGUUCAGGAAACAAGGGAAUACAGUAUCUGAAAAUGCACAUUCCUCCUGGUUCCUUAAACAACCUGAUGAGCACAGUUGCACAACUUUAUCAUCAAUAAGAUUUCUUUUUAUAAUAAAAUACAGUUCUAUGAAGAUAUUCACUAAAGGAACUUACAACAGGUUUUGACAAAUUCUUGAAUAUAAGACCUUGCAAUUGUGGCCAUUCACGAAUGUUAUUGUUCUCCAGAUAAUAUCUUAUGACCUCUGUGUUAAAUUUUAUUAAGUUAAUGCAUUCCAUAUGACAAUUUACUGUUAAAAGUGCUCAAUAGAUUUUCCUCAUGUUGCCCUCAAUUGUUAUUUGUAUAAUAUAGGUUUUAAGACUUACAUUUUUCUUUCAUGAUGAAACUAAGCAUUCCAUUUUGUUGAUAGCUGGCAUUUGUACAUUACUGUAAUUUAAAGCUUCUUAUGUAAUGUGUAUAUGACUUAACGGUACAGUUAUUUGUUAUGUUUAUAACUAGCUAUUUGGUUGUGUUUUGUCCUCAGCUUGUAUUCUCUAGUCUGGAGUGCAUAAUCUCAAAUUCUGAAACGUUACUUGAACUGGUAAGAGUGUACAUUCUGGCUUGUAGGCUAUUGAUAACUAGCACUACUAGUAUGUAACGAAGGCAAAUGUAAUCAGUAGUAAUUACUGAUACAGUAUUGUAUUUAUUCUUAACAUACCUCCAAUUUUAACAUUGUAAAUACCAUUCCAAGUACAUUAUGUUCUUAUCAUCCAUAGUACCUAUUGAAUGAGAGUGGUCUUCACUCCAGUGAUGGCAAUCCAUCAAAUAAUGUUUCAGGAUUCGGGCAUAAACCUCAAAAUGUUCAUAAUCAAGAAAAAAUAAAACACAUGAAGAAGAUACAAAAGGGUUGCAAGUAUAUGUGUAGAGUGACGGGCAAUUUUCAGCGUGUGGCAAUGAAGAACAGUUCAUUUUGAUGGAAAUAAAAUACUCUGUACAAUUAUAAACAUUUUUGUCAUUGAAAAUUGAUUGAAUCCUGUAUAGGUAAUGCUGGUCAUACCGAUUGAUAUCGUUUUGUGUUGAUCUUUAACGGCAGAAGAAAUGCAACCAAAGAAGGUAUGACUUUCAGUGAAUAUUACUGUGGCUAGCAGGAUUCAUGGGUGUGAAUCUUUGGAUGUAUCAUUCUCUCAGUGUAUCGUGCAAAUAAUCAUCAGAAUGAUGUCACAAACUGAAAACAUUAUUCAUAGUCCAAGUAAGUAACUGAAAUGGCUGGUCUGUAAUUAAAAAAACUGAGAUUUGUAUAAAAUAACAUUACUGAAAACUUACAAAUAUAUUUGAAUAUUUUCUUUAUAAUUAAAAUAAAUGUACAAAAACCAAUAUGUAUAAAACAUUUGCAAGUUGAUAUCUGAUACUGUACUGUACUGCAUUGAAGUUGAAAAAUUGAAUUAUGAUGUGUCACUUUAAUAUACUGUACUGAUUUUUGUCAGUGAGCAUUAUUUGGUUGCACGAGAUCUGCCAAGUACCUGCGUAAGAUACAUAGGUUUCGAAAUGUCUUGCUGUGGGUGAGGAGUCCAGGUUAAGCAGCUCUGGCAGAGAUGGUAACUACAUGAAGUGUAUAUCUGACUGAAUCAUUUUACAUAGAACUUUAAUGAAAUAAUAAAAAAUAGUUCUUUCUUUUUAAGUGGAUUGUUUUUUUAGAAGCAAUGGACACACAUUUUUGCAGGCUCUGCAAAAACUGGCGAAUUUAAAAACUUUCUCUAAUGGACAAUAUAGAACAGUCAGAAAGACAGUUACCUUCAGUUCAGUUACAGAAAGUGUGUUACCUUCUCUGAUAUUGAGCCUUGAUAGGUCUUGUGUAGAUAUAUGUGUGGGCUGUAUAUGGUCAGUGGAUUAGAUGAAUGCAUCUCUUAAGAAAUUUCAUUGUGUGAAUGCCAACAAAUGUAAAUUAUAAAUUAAUGCGAGUACUGUACUGUACUGUAGUGUGUGGGCGUAGUUACCCGGCAUACUCCGCUAUAAGUACGUUAACACAUGGAUUUGUUUUUUAUUACAACCUGAGAAGUAUUAUUAUAUGAAAAUCAUAUUUUAAAUGUAACAAGAUUAAGUUAUAUAGUGUAUGAGCUGAUAAAAUUUGGGUGUAGAGAAUUUAUUCAUAUAAAUUGUUUCCGUAAAAUUACUGGGUGGUGAUGACCCUUAAAUUAUGAAUGAUCCAGCUGGAGUAAAUAUUAAACUAUACCAGUGUUAAAUUAUUUUAUUGUACAUAUUAUGUAAAUUUUAGUGUGAGUAGGUUUUGGAUAUACCCGUGUAUAUAUUGUAUUCCAGAUAUUUUUUUGUCAUGUUCAUAGCCAGUUAUGUAUAGCACUGUGUUAAUUAAGCUUCACUACAUUAUCUCCUUUUGCAGUUCAUUGGGCCCAUGAAUCAUCUAUAUAUUCAUCCUGAAGUCAGUUCUGGGAAACUUGGCUAAUUUUACCGAUCAGUCAUUUCCCUGUAGAUGGCAGGUUUAUUACAAGGUGUUGACAGAUUUCUGUACAGUUGCAAAUCAUGCAAAAUUAUAAAUCUGCACUAAAAUUUUACACUGCUGUUCUUUUUCAUUUAAUGAAUAAGAACUCAUAUAUAAAUAUUCUUUUUAUUAGAAAUAUAAUGGUGCCAAAUUCAGUUCGAGUUGGCAGCAGUGAAUUUCCAAUAUUUGUAUAAAUGUAAAAUGAUCUCUUUCAUGGUUCAAUAAGUUUUUGCAUAUCUAUUUUCUAUAAUGGUACAAUGAAAGUGACUUAACAAGAUAGUUUCUUUGCUCCAGCAUUUCCUUCAAUCUGUUCCUACUUAUCACCUUCCCCAGCCUUUACAAAUUAUUUUUUCACACCUUCACAAACAUCACGCUCCAUAUUUAUUAUCUUUUCACCCUCCUCAGCUCCUUAUUUAUUAUCUUUUCACCCACAGUUCCUUUUUCUUAACUUCUUAUUCAUUACACACCUAGAGUCAUCUUUUCCUCAGCUCCCAAUUGCCCUUGCUCAGCUAUUCUUCCUCUCAGUAUACUUUUACACACAUCUCAAGAUGAUUCUCACUAUGCUGUAAUGUUUUCUGUCUUUAGUCUCUCUGCCUUUCUUGUCUUCAUUUUUGUUCAUGUAUCCCUAUCCCAGAAUUACCAUGUGAUUGUUCUGGAAAAAUACUCUACCUUCAAAAUAAAAUAAAUGUGAAAUACAAAG